AUGUGACUCUAUUCCUCAGGCAGAGAAUCACCAAACUCCACUUUAAAGACGAAACGUUUGAGCUCAGAGUCGUUGGAAAAAAUGGUUCAGAGAUGUCGCUCUUCUUUCAGAUGUUGGAUCGAUCCAACAGUAAACGUCUGUAUAGAUGUUGUGUCGAACAUCACCUCUUCUUCAGGAUGUCGGAGUCGAAUCUUUUAACACGCAAACUGAAACACAACAGUAUUGCUCGUUCACCCACUCUGGUUUUUCCUUGGCUGAACGUCGAAGUGCUGAGAAACAAAACUAUCAACAACAAAACAACAACAGAUCUCUUUAUGAAACCAAAACACCACACCAACUGCUCAACAGAGAGUGUCAGCUGUGAACCAAUGACAACACAGGCGGCACCACCUGUUGUUCAAAGGUCAGAGGACGAGCCGAAGGAGGACCAUGUGAAGCCCAGUGCACCAUGGGAAAACAGUGGCCCCAUGAGUGGCCUGUUCAACCCAAAGUUUCCUCCAAACACCAAAGAGGAAGAACGAAAUCGAGGAAGACAAAAGAGGUGGAGCAGAAGUUUGGAUGGUGAUCGACCAAUCAGACAUCAGAGGAGGAAGUCUUGUUCCCGUGGCAGCACAAGCACCGGUAGCGAAUCAGAGAGGACAGUGAGUAACAGCGAGCGACGCCGAAGAACAAAGAUUCGACGGAGUCCUGAUGUCCUUAUAUGGCAACACAUCCAGAAGCACCUGGUGGAGCCUGACAGUUUGCUUGACAGACAGACAGAGGAAAUAUUUUACAAGGAAGUGAGAGUGUCAGGGGAGCCAAUCAGAGCACGUCGUUCAUCGCGGGGGCGACGACGCUGUCGUUGGGCGUCGGCUUCAGACCUCCAUUCAAAGACGGAGCUAGUUCCUCCCCUUCCUGUUACCAAGGCAACUGACACUUCCUGUCGAUUACCCAUAAAUCCCUGAGGUUGCUGCCGACUCAUUUUCCACCCACAAUUCACUUAUCUUUCUCUGUAAUACGAAAACAUUUUUUAUUGUCAUUUCCCCUUUAAAAACAGUUUCUCCAGGGUUACAAUAAUACUGAGUGUUUCUACACAACAUAUUUGUUAAAGUAAUUCAUUCAUUAACGAAGUAGUAACAGUACCUUAAGUAGUAAUUAAACAUAAGUUUAACUGGGUGUUUUGUUUCCUGAUUUUAACAUGCUGACUUGU